AUGGCACCUCAAACGCGCAAGAGAAACUACAACCAAAAUACAACAAAAGAUGCAUCUGCGGAGAAACAGACAUCGGAAGAAAAGCGCAAGCUGCCUGUAAGAGCCAAAGAUGGUGACUCCAGUGACGGUGCGACGCCAACUUUAACGGAAUCAAAGGGCACCAAGGUGGUUUUUGGAGAUGACGACAAUGACAACCCGGCGCCUCCCCCUGUGGUAGUUCCAAAACCUGAUGUGCAGGUAGAGAAAGAUGAGGAAGACGAAAGUGACGAUGAAGCGCCCGAGGCCGUAUCAACUUCCAAGGCGGCCUCUGAUAUCAAGAAAUCCAACCAAGCAGCUCAGAAAGCAGCACAGGAAGAGGCUGCUGUACAAAAGCGUAAGCGUCGGGAAAGGGAUGAUUUCUUCAAGCAGCAAGCUGAAGAGCGCAAGAAGUUGGAGGAGCAAGAGAAGGCUGGGGCAAAUGAAGAAGCGUCCGUUGAAGAGGGGCCUGCGCAGCCACUCAUCCAACGAACCAAAGCAGGGAAAGCCGUGAAUCUGUUACCCGCCGAGUUUUUGACAGAUUCCAGCGAGGACGAGGACGAUGGGAUUGACGAUCAACCAGAGGAACGUCCAAGGAAACGCCGUGUUGCCACUGUGGAAAGAAGCCUGGCCCGCCAGCAAAGGGGACCUAGGGAUGAGCGGGUAGGCUCAACUGUCUACCGCGUUGCCAAAAAGACAGAUGAGAGGAUGGUACCUAAGUUGAAGAAGCAUGCAAAGAACUCUAAAGAUAUUCUCUUGAAGAGAAACCGAAGUGUCACGAAGCAACGGUCUGGUUUCUUCGUCAGGUAG